AUGGCUGAAGCUGCCGGCUUAGCAGUGGGAACAAUAGCCUUGGCAAGCCUAUUUCAAACAUGCGUCGACAUUCUAGACUACAUCGAAGAUGCGAGGAAUAUAGAGAGCGAUCGAGACCGAGGAGAUACCAGACUAGGGUUGCUCAAGAUCAGGCUGAAGCAAUGGGGGGAUAAGCUGCAGGUCGCGAACCCCGGUUAUGAAGAUGGAGGGUUGAUUGACCAUUGGGAUGGAGAGAGUGGCACGAUAAGCAAGAGUUUACUGGGCAUCAAAGGAAUCCUGGAGCAGGCAUCUUAUCUGAGCCACAAAUAUGCACCAUAUAAGAUGGCUAUCAGCGCGUGGCCCUGCGACUCAAACCUUUGCCGCAAGGCAACCGAGACAGAAAACCAAGACGUACGGCGCAAAACGGCCUACCAGAAGUUUCUUUAUUUGAAGCAACGAACUACUUGGGCAUUACGAGACAAGAGAAGAUUCAACGCUUCUUUAGUCGAGCUCGAUUUCUUCAUUACCAAUUUAGAAAUAGUAACAAGCCGGCUGUUGGCUCUUGAGAAGCUUGACUGGGAGAGUCUUACUAUCAAUGAAACAGACUUCACAAUGAGCAACGUACACACUUUGAAGGAUUUCACCACGGGUAGCCCAACGCCGCCAGUGGCUGAAAGCUCUCUUGGUAAAAUUCUCGAUAAUCGCGGCCCACCCCGGCCUGCUGUCGUCAAGUUGGCAGCAGACAAGAUAUCUGAGCCAACAAGAACAAAGGAUGGCCAUAAGUUUACAAAUAUGAUCUCAAAGGAUACAGCAAUGCAGGUAGAGGGUGACCAUGGAAACGCAGACCCUAACGCUAAGCGUCACGAGUAUCAAGGCCACAAAGCUGAGGAUGGCAGCACUCAGAUUAUGGGAAACUUGGAUCGAAUAGCUUCGGACAAUAUGUUCGGACUGCUGCAGCAACGUGUCGCUUCGAACAGCAAGCCACAGAAAUGA